AUGCCACAGCCGCUGCCCUCGAAGGAGAACUCCUUGUUCAAACAAGUGGUCAAGAACUACGAAGCAAAGCAGUACAAGAAAGGUCUGAAGUCGGCAGAACAGAUCCUUCGAAAAGUCCCGAACCAUGGCGAUACGCAGGCGAUGAAAGCGCUCAUCCUCAAUGCCCAGGGAAACUCGACAGAAGCCUUCGAACUCGCUAAAGUGGCCCUCAAGAACGAUGUCAAGUCGCACGUGUGUUGGCAUGUCUACGGUCUCCUGUAUCGAACCGCGAAGAACUAUGAGGAGGCAAUCAAGGCAUACAAGUUUGCGUUGAAGUUGGACCCUGAUUCUGCGCAGAUAUCGCGGGACCUUGCGCAGCUACAAGUUCAGAUGAGGGACUAUCCCGGUUUUGUGCAGACUCGGAUGGCGAUUCUGAAGUCGCGUCCACACGUGCGGCAAAAUUGGACCGCUAUGGCUGUGGCUCAUCAUCUGAACGGUGAAUUCGAGGCAGCGGAGAGGAUUCUUACAACCUACGAGGACACGCUUAAAUCGCCCCCACCGAAGUCCGACAUCGAACACUCCGAGGCAAUCCUGUACAAGAACACCAUUAUAGCGGAAUCGGGGAACAUUGAGAAAGCUUUGAGCCAUCUGGAGGCGGUCAUGAAAAAUAGUCUGGAUCGGACAGCUGUGAUGGAGAUGCGCGCGCGGUAUUUACUUCUGCUAGACCGGAAAGAGGAGGCACAAAAGGCGUAUAGGGCGUUGCUCGACCGGAAUAAUGAGUACCGAGCAUACUACGAGGGGUUGGAGAAAGCAAUGGGACUUGAUAGGACGGAUGACGACUCAAUACCAAAACUGGCCGAGUUAUACGAGUCUUAUGCCGCCAAGAGCGAGAAGGUGGAUGCCGCUCGGAGGGUGCCGCUUGACUUUCUGCAAGGCGAAAGCUUCAAGACCGCGGCGGAUCGCUACCUACGUAGCAUGCUGAAGAGAGGCAUCCCAUCGACGUUCGCAAAUGUGAAAGCGCUGUACAGAGAUCCCGCAAAGAGAACAAUAAUUGAAGAACUGGUGAAUGGUUACGCCUCGGAGCAGUUGACGAAUGGGUCGGCAGAGAAUCACGAAGGUGAUCGGUCUUCCAAUAAAUUUGACGAGGCUGUGCUCUAUUUCCUCGCGCAACACUACAACUAUCAUCUCAGCCGCGAUCUCAGCAAGGCAUUGGACUUCAUAGACAAGGCCCUCGAGAUGAACCCAAAGGCGGUUGAGUAUGGCAUGACCAAGGCACGAAUAUGGAAGCACUACGGCAACCCAGCGAAGGCAUCGGAGAUCAUGGAUGAGGCGCGGACCUGGGACGAGCGGGAUCGCGCCAUCAACAGUAAGUGCGCGAAGUAUCAGCUGCGGAACAACGAGAACGAGAAUGCCCUCAAGACGAUGAGCAAAUUCACCAAGAACGAGACCGUUAAAGAAGCUCUGGGGGAUCUCCAUGACCUACAGUGCAUGUGGUAUCUCACCGAGGAUGGAGAGGCGUAUUUACGGCAGGGAAAAUUCGGUCUGGCCCUCAAGAGAUUUCACGCCAUCUAUGACAUCUUUGACAUCUGGCAAGAGGACCAGUUCGACUUCCACAGUUUUUCGCUACGCAAAGGUCAGAUCAGGGCAUACGUCGAUAUGAUCAGAUGGGAAGACCACCUCCGAGAACACCCCUACUACUCGCGAGCUGCAAUUUUCGCUGUCAAAGCCUACAUCAUGCUCCACGAUAAGCCGCACCUAGCGCAUGAGUCUCUCACCAACGGCUUCACCGACAUGGACAGCAUGGAUGCUAAUGAGCGGAAGAAGGCUAUGAAGAAGGCAAAGAGGGAACAGGAAAAGCAAGAGAAGGCUGAGGCUGAGAGGAAGGAAGCAGAGAAAAAGGCUGCAACGAAGAAACCGGCAACCGGCGCGGAUGGCGAGCUGAAGAAGGAGGAUAAGGAUCCUCAAGGCACGAAGCUUGCGCGAACGAAGGAACCUUUGCAGGAUGCAGGGAAGUUCCUUUCAUUUCUGCUAGAGUUCAGUCCGAAGAACAUUGAGGCGCAAAACGUGGGGUUUGAGGUUUUCACGCGCAAAAAUAAACAUCUACUAGCUCUCAAAUGCCUGCUGGCAGCAUCGAGCAUAGAUUCCGAGAAUCCAACCCUGCAUGAACAGACAGUCCGUUUCCGCCGAACCUUGGACACACUAUCCGAACCGCUUCCUCCGCCCGUCGCCAAAGUCAUCGACUCCACAUUCACCCUUAUCCCCACCUCGACUUCACUCUCAGACUACAACGAUUCCUUCAUCUCCAAGCACAGCAAAAGCGCCCCGCAUGUGCAAGCCGGCCUGAAGGUCCGUCAAUUACUCGACUCGAGCUCAUUACCUCAGAACGAGAAAGAGCUUCUAGCAACACUGGAUUUCGACACCAUCGAGCUGCAAGACGCCAAGAACGGCCUCUCGCUACUUGGCGAGUGGAAGAGCGGAUCGGAAGCUAGAGAAGCAUACAUCAACGCGGCACGGAAGCGGUGGCCGGAAGCCACUGUGUUUGCAGACGCUUGA